UCCAGUGCCGUGCGGGGAGGUGACGCGACAGCCCGUUCGCAAGCAGCACAGCCCGCGUCCCUGUCAGGACCUGCCUCCUGUGAGCCCGGAGCCGCGGGCCCCGCGACGCAGCGGAAGCGGGCGGGCCGGGGCGGGCCGGGCCGUGCGGGGCCGCAGCUGGCGUGGCGAGCCCAGACAUGCCGCUGGCCAGAGACCUCCUGCACCCCUCCUUGGAGGAGGAGAGAAGGAAGCACAAGAAGAAACGUCUUGUGCAGAGCCCGAACUCCUACUUUAUGGAUGUAAAGUGUCCAGGAUGCUACAAGAUCACCACUGUAUUCAGCCAUGCCCAGACAGUAGUUCUGUGUGUAGGAUGCUCAACUGUCCUCUGCCAGCCUACUGGGGGGAAAGCCAGGCUCACAGAAGGCUGUUCAUUUAGAAGAAAGCAACACUGAACACUUCAGCAUGUGGUUUUGGAUCUGUGUUCCUGAGAAAGCCUUACCAGUUUAAAAAUGCAUAUUAAUACAAUAUAAUUAUUGAUUUUGUAAAAAUUACAUGCUACUGGUGACUAAUGAGCUGGAAUCUCUUCAACAAAUGAUUUGAAGUGCAAGUUUUUCCUGCAAGUUUGCAGACAAUGGAGCUCUAUUUUUAUAAGUUUACUUUUAAUGUGAAUCGUUAAAUUGGGUGGUGUAAUUUAAUACAAAAACCUUAGACUUGCUGCAUCCUUCCCUUGUUAAUCAUCAACUACAGCAGUGUAAUGUCAGAAGCUGCUGCAAGAAUGCAUUUUGUAUACUUUAUUACUGCAGCUGCCCUAACUGCAAGGGUUGCAAAGGCUAGAUGGAUUUAAAAUUGAUUAUUUGCUUUCAACAUUGCCUUAGUCCCUUUACAGUGUUGAGUAAUGUGGUGAUAAAAAUAAAAAGUUACUCACUUAGGUUCA